AUGACGUGGAACAAGAGCAUUCUUCGCCUCGCAGUGGAAGGCGGUGGGCACCGAGACAAGACGGUGCGCGAGGUAUACCUGUGGCCUUUUGCCGACGGAGUCAAGAGCGGUAUGAUGGCCGUCAUGUGCGCCAUGAACAAGGCGAACGACACCCUGUCGUGGGAGAACAACAAAGCUGCUCAGCGGCUAUCUCAAGUCGGACCCGGGCUUCCCUGGCAUCGUGUUCCCCGAUCGACGUCGUUCGGAUCUGCCAACGCGGGGUUGGACUACGGGUCCAGCUCGCUCGGCCCUCGGGAGCCGGCGCCUUCGACUACCGCGACCGUCCGGGCCGACCACGCUUCUCUGAUUCGACAGGUCGGCCGAGAGGCGACGGUGCUCCUGAAGAACGACAACCAGGAUGGUCGUGGUCUGCCACUCAACAAGCCUCGCGGUGCCAUGCGGGACCGGCCAUCGCCGGACCCAACCGCGGUUGGCCGUCAGUCCUUACACUGGCACUUCCAGCGGCGGCGGCAUGGGUGGUCUCGGUGGCGGCAUGCUUGGCAUGAGCGGCAAUGGAACUGGAAUGGGGAUGAGUGGAAUGGAAAUGUCACGGACAUGGGCAGCGGCUCUCCUCCCCUUAGCAUCUCGUCCCGGAUUUGGCAGCGAAGAGAGAACCAAUGCGAUGUUGGCAGCGGCACGGCCAGCUCGCCUUCUAUUGAAGGCUACACCCGGUCCGAGAACAGUCGGGCGUCUGCUUCGUCUUUCUGGACGGGGGAGGGUGGUGGCCGAUCGGAGCUGUCCAAUGACGACCAGGACACGCUCGUCCAGAUUGUCGCCUAUAGCUGCAACAACACCGUCUUCGUAAUGAAAGUGACCGGAAGCGGCAACGCUAUUGCCGAUUUCCUCGAAGGAGUCGCAAACCACAACGGCAAGCUCAGCUACACGCUCGCCGCCAACGACACCGACUAUCCGGGCCAAAUAUGCUCCGAUAUAUACCGUGACUAUACCGAGGGCGUGCUGGUCGAUUACCGUCACUUCGACAGCAAGUACAUCUCAAUCUGAUCAUAUACCUCUUCGGCCGUAGUCCGAACUACACCACCUUUCGGCGGCGAGAGAAAUCUCUGGGACAAGUCAAUUGAAGUGAGGACGACGAUCAAGACAUGGGCAGGCGCGAGGGCGCCAGGGCGGCUCAGUUGUAUGUCAGCUUGCCUGAUGUCAGGCAGUGGGCCAGCCGCCGAGCUGACCCAUCUGAUGCCUGUGCAAUGCUUUAGGAGUAUUUGGAACGCUUUUGUUGGAUUGUCCCAGCAGCCUGAGCUUGCGGUUGCUCACUGUACUCGUUCCCUUCAAAGCCUGCAGGCAUGCAUGCACGGUCGUUCAACUUGUCUCUGAUGGUCAUGCAAGUUGAGAUAGAAGAUGAACGAUCUUUGUUGCAUGGAGUGUUGGUCCAUGCAAGACGCUUGACUAACUCUUAAGAAGAACCUUCUUCAUA